AUGGUACGGUGUUCCAGCAAUGAAAAAGAAUUGAUCGAAAUGUUUGAAAAAGUACGUCGAACAGGAAAGAAAUUCCUAAAAAAUAAUGGUAUUUAUCUUGAACGCCUUGUUGAUAGUGCUUGUCAUAUUGAAAUUCAAAUCUUUGGAGACGGUCAAGGUUAUGUCAUAGGGCUUAGUGAACGUGACUGUUCUUUACAACGUCGACAUCAAAAAAUCGUUGAGGAAGCACCAGCGUCGAACCUAUCCGAUGAUAAUCGUUCACGUCUUCAAGAUGCAGCUAUUCGACUUGGUUCUUUGAUAAAAUAUCGUUCAGCUGGUACUGUUGAAUUUGUUUACGAUAGAGAUCCAAAUGAAAUCUAUUUUCUCGAAGUUAACUGUCGUUUACAAGUAAAACAUUCCUUUUCAUUUCUCCGUUUUUCAUCCUUGUCGGUCAUUUCAGGUCGAACAUCCGGUUACCGAAGCCAUCCUUCUGCAGCAGGACUCGAGUGUACGCUAAUUGGGCCAACAUUUGUUCUGGGAAAAUUCGGCGGCUAUGCCAGUCGACUAAUAAAGUCAGGCGAUACUUUACAUAUCGAUUCAUCAAUCUCACAUGAAAUCCCAGCAAAUGUCUUGAAACCAAUCAUUCCAACUUAUCCAAACAUUGACAGUGACGAAGAAUGGUAA